AUGGUUUUACGGGCCAUUGUGCUUCCCAAGCGGUGCGUUGGCGCGGCGGACUGUCGGGGCCAUUGUUGCGCCCGUUUAUAUACGGCGGGUCAGUCGGAUGCUGCGACCACAAAGCGGCAUCGCGGCCGGCCCUCGGAAGACAUGGGAAAGUCGAGCAAGGCUCAAGCCAAGGAGCCGGAGCUGGCCAUCAGCGAUGUACCACCCACGCAAAGCUCCCAGGGUGAGGGCUUGGGGAAGCUGUACGUGCCGCGGCUCAGAGGCCUGAAGAACCGGUCCUGUAGCGCUCUUUGCACCAGAAUCCUCUACGUCACUUUUGCAUUGAUAACCGCGGUGCAAAGCGUGGCGGUCAUAGCCGUGACGGUGACCGCCGCGCUGGCCACGAAGAUCUACAGCGACGACCUGUCCGGGCGGCUGGUGGCGAUGGUGGUGCUGGCGGUGACGGCGGCGGUCACCAUCUCCGUCGGCAUCUACGCGGCGAUCGGCGCUAUACGGAAGCAGAGGAAGCCGGUCCAUUCGGCUUCGAUGGUCCUGGCCGUGGUGGUCGUCAUCCAGGCCAUAAUCCUGGGUAUGGCGGUGCGGGUGACCGUGGACGACGAGGUGAAGCUGGGACGCUCUCUCUCGGAGUCCUUCAGGCUGUCCAGGGACGACAGCCCCCGCCACGUGAAGCUAUGGGCGAGGACUCAACACGAUCUCAGCUGCUGUGGCGUCUACUCCGCGGAGGACUACCGCAGCGCCAACCUGCCUCUGUACUUCGCGCCCAACGUGCCCAUAUCCUGCUGCGCGUCGUACGAUCCCGGGAGGUCCGAGCUGGUGCAGGAGAGGGAAAGAGAGAGCUGCAAAGCCCGCAAAGAGUACUACGACGUCGGCUGUCGGAAUCUGAUCAUAGACGUGUUUAAAGAUACCGCCAAGUCUGUCUUGGGGGUGUCGCUUCUAGCUGUCGUUUUGGAGAUACUCUGCAUAUUAAUUGGAAUAAUAUUAUCGAUACAAUCCAAACCAAAACCAGAGAUAGACUGUGAAAGGCAAGCGCCGGCCGUUGUAACGACGACAGAAAAGAAAACAAAAUCCAAAUCC